AUGGCCUACGACGACUGCUACUACCACCUCGGCGCCCAGCUACCCUCCAUGGCCUGGAACUUGGACGACCUCGAAGAUGCCACAGCAUCUGACUUCGCCGGUGGGCACGGAAUUCUGGGCGACCAUGUCUCCCUCGGUACUCUCUCUCGCUAUCACCGUCUUCCUUCCUAAAGUAUCGUAUCCCAUAUGCUGCUCCUCGCAGCGCUGGAGUCGCUACACAGGUCGGAGCUCCGGUCGGGGUACCUGGAAGAUGCCGUUGCUCAGUGGGGCGGCCGGUGCAAGCGGCGGCGGACGCUGCUCUUCCCACACGACCAGGCGGCGGCGGAGGGCGUCGGCCUCGAGGACCUCGUCCGAGUAAUUCUCGGCCUUCGCUGUAAUUCCGGUCAGUUUCUUCCGGCGCGGUCUCAGAUUAUUCCCUCCUCUUCCUCCCUUCAGGGCUUCUGGAAUUACAACAGCUAUCUCCACGAUCUCGCCGCCGGUCCGAGCAGCUUCGCCGGAGACGCCCCGUCCUCCCAGUGCACAACUCCCAUGCAGGUGCCGCCGGCCACGGCGGAGGAGAUGAACGGCCCCAAUCUCGCCGGAGAACUACGCCUCCCCUCUCCAUCGUCUUCUUCGCCUCCCGACGGCCCCCCUCAAUUCAGAGGCCUCCCCGUGAAAGGUGGCCACUCCUUCCCUUACAACGGACCUGUCACUGUUCAUGGGCGUAACAGAAAGGAUUCCUUUCGCUUGUCUCCUCCGCAGAGUUGGCGGCGGACUCCGGGCCGGAGAAGAAGAAGACGGCGGCGACGAGGAGGAGGAAGGUGGUGUACCCGUUCGCGGUCGUGAGGUCAGGCGGAUUCGACGGUGGCGCCACCCUCGAAGAUAUAAACCGGCGGCUGCUCAUGCGGCCUUCGAGGCCCAUCCGGCACCCCAUUGGAGAAUUCGCUUGCCUCCCCUGCGUCUCCGGCGACGGCCCCGGCCUCUCCGGCAAAGCCAUCGUGGGCCUCACCAGAAUAUCCACCCGCGGGAGGGGAACCAUCACCAUCAUCAGAACAAAAGGAUGA